AUGGAGCAGAGCCUGAGCGGGCCCAAGGCGGCCACCGGCGGGGUCCCUCGGCCCCGCCGCUCCCUCCCCGGGCUCGAGGGCCCUCCCGAGCCCCGCAGCACUGCCGGAGAGGGGCCGGGGCCGUCCCGAGCCCCCCGCUCAGCCCCGCCGGGCCCCCCGGACUCACCCGCUCGGCGCGGCCGCGCUCCCUUUGUUCCCACAGGCCGGGGCGGCGGCGACGGCGCCUGCGCACUCCGCUCCGCACUUUCGACGCGGUGGCCGCGGCCCGCCGGUGACUCCCUGCUCACUAUGGGGGGACCUGUUCGGUUGCCCCGCGCCCCGCCGAGGGGCCAAGGUCGUCCCCGCACCCUCCGGGACGGCGGCGAUUCCAGGGGCCGCGGCGAAUCUGCGGGCUGCAACCCGAGCGCCGCGCGAGCGGCGGCACCGCCCGCCAUUAGCGGCACGGACGCGUUGCCUCGCGGGGUGUCACAAGGGCUCCCGAGGCGCCCCCAGACCCUUAGUGCCCAAACACCGCGCUCGUCCCCUUCCCCCGCGCCGGGAACCCCGGUCACGGUGCCCCGAGUGCUGGCUGCCGGUGGCGAAUCUGCGGCGCAGAACGGGCGCGCAGGGACGGCCUGCGCACGCUUCGCGCCCGCUGCGCUUUAGCGCCUUUUCCCCCUCACGGGCUGCGCGCGGCCCCUGAGGCGAUUUUGGCGCCUUUUCCCCCUCACGGGCUGCGCGCGGCCCCUGAAACGCCCUGGCCCCUGGGCUGCCGUGAGUCCGCGGAGAACGCUGCGGAGUCGUGUCCGAGCCCGAAUAAUAUCCCAUAAAAGCAGCGAUGGAGUCAGGUGAACUGUCCCGUCAGUGCUGCGGGAUCCUGGUCUGUGCAGAGUGUGGUGCGGAAAGGGCUGUUUGGGAUGGCAGCGCUUCCAGAGGCGGCUGAGUGGAGCGGGAUGGGCUCUGAGGGCAGCGGGAAGGUGCCGGUGUGUGGGAUAAUGUCAGAGGAAGGGGAAGGCGUUAGAGACGGCUGUGAAGGCAGCGAGAUGGACCCCGGGUAAUAAAUAUGAUAAUAUAUGAUAACUGUCAACUAAAUCAGCCUGACCAACUCAAAACACUCUGCUGCUGAAUCAGACAGGAUUAUAAAUUACCCAGUAGUCUGGGAGCAGUGGAAUUGCCCACAAUUCCUUGCAGAAAUCACACAUUUAUCACACAUAGGUAAAACCCUCACAAAUAUCAAACAAGGUGAAGCAUGUGGCUCUGAGGGUGUGAGGAGGAUGAAAAGUUCCAGACCUCAGAAUUCAGCUUUAAGAGCCCUUUACACUGAAAAUUGUCAAACUGACUGAAUGAAAUAUGAAAACUUUGGCAGUGAAACUUGAAAUUGAAAGUUUGAUGUUGAAAUGGAAUGUUUGACAUUGAAAUGUUCUCACAUGGCCAAUAAGAUGUAUUUCUAGACAUUCAUGAGGGAGAAUUUGGGUGGAUCUGAAGGAAAGCCAAGGGGGAUGGUACCUGCCUAACCCAAAAGGAUGAUAGAAGGUGAAAAGAAGAAAAACUAACUCGAGUUGCUGCAAGUUGGGUCCAUUUUUCUUGAUGCCUGCAGUUCCAGUGGCUCAGUUUGUUUUCAUGCUUAAAUAAACUUAUUUUUAUGAACAAAUAAAGAGACAGGAGCUCUGCCCUCAUCUGCUUAGAUUCUGCUGACUGUACCCAAAAUGGACAUUUGUUGCCAUGCAGCAGAAUAAUCUGUGACUGCAAUUUCAUAUUAAAGCAUGAGUUGAAAAGAUUCCUCAGCCAGCAAAAUAUGUCACACUAGUUCACCAGCUUCACUGGGGCAGGAAAAAGUAAAGAAAAGGUGAGAAAAUACAUGUAAUACAUGUAAGAGAUGAAAAACAACCUGGUUUUCCCCCUGCUUUUGACUAGGUUCCCCCUAGUUUC